UCAUACCAAAGUAGUGUUUAUAUGUUGUGAAUAUAACUCUAUUAAACUUUAUUACAUUCUUCAGUAGUGGGUGAUCUUCAGCUGAAUCAUGUUUAUACAGAGGCUCCUGAUUUGUGCAGCCGUCGUGCUUUGUGUCUUGACUUGUUUAACAACAAUUUCUGCUAACACCACAACCACCACCAUAAGACCACACAUUGACACUGACGACAAUGAAUAUUAUCACCGCAGAUAUAAUUCUGGAAGAAGAAACUGUGACACAGAACAAAUAGAAUACAGACUAACAAAAUUGGAAGUACAGUUAGGUGAAAAAUCGGCCCAUUUGACCUCUGAACUGAGAGAAGGUAACCGGAGACUUCAGGCACUAGAAAUUCAAAGCGCUGAAGUCCAGACAUCUGUAGAAGGUUUUAGAAAUGAAAUGAGCAGAAUAGCAAAUUUUGGCCAAACAGUCCCUGCUAAUUAUUAUCAGCAAGCAGGUGUCGACAAAAUGGAAUCCAAGAUUAGUAAUUUAGUCAAGGGAAUGCAGCUAGUGGUAGCAACCCUAAGAAGUCUUAAUUCAGACGUUACUUGGAUCAAGAAGAACAUUUCUUCUAUCACUAAUGCCACUGACACCCUGCUACACAAGUACAACGAUUUGACAACAAAGCAAUUUCUGUCUAAUUCUCUGAUCGACGUAAAACACAAUCAGCUUUAUCCCCCAAUACCUCCAAACAUAUUCCGGGAACCAGACACAUCUAAUUUAUCUCAUCUCCCACGAAAUUGCAAGAAUGUUCAAGAAAAUGGUAACAACGUCUCAGGAAUCUAUUUGAUACAACCACAUCAGUCACACAGCCCUUUUAUGGUGCUAUGCGACAUGGACACCAAGGACGGUGGCUGGACAUACAUACACAACAGGUAUGAUGGGUCUCAGGAUUUCUUUAACAACUGGCAUGACUACAAAAUCGGAUUUGGAAACAUUGGAGGCGAAUUCUGGCUGGGCUUGGAGCAUAUUUACCAACUAACUGGUCAUGAAGUCAAUGAAUUGCUAGUGGAAUUAGUGGAUGCCGAUGGUGAUAAGGCAUACGCCCAUUACGCUGCUUUCAGUAUAGGUUCGGAACAGGAAGGUUACGCAUUGAAAGUACUAGGUGGUUACAAUGGCGACGCUGGAGAUUCCUUGAUCUACCACGCGGGAAGUCGGUUCAGUACCAAGGACUUCGACCAGGACAGCUGGGUGGAAGGCAACUGCGCACAAGCUCACAGUGGUGCGUGGUGGUACCGAGGGUGUGAUACCAGCAACUUGAACGGAAAAUACUUAAGCGGACCGCUGCCCGAUGAUUUCCUCUACCAAGGCAUGUAUUGGGCCGAAUUUAGAGGUGCUCAGUACAGCCUGUCUCAGGCAAGGAUGAUGAUCAGGCCCAGGGGCCCAAACAGCCCACCAAUAUUCCCAGAAGGACUCUUCAGCAAAGGGAAUUAAUGUGUUCAAUAUUACAUGAGAUUACUUGUUCUGGUUUUCUUUCAGUGAUAGUUUUAAUAAUUUUUAGUAAUUACUAAUUAAAUUCUAACUGCAGUUCAUUUCGUUGCAUCAAUGAAAAAUAAUUGUACAGACUUUCAUCAGUAUCUACCGGGGAACAAUAAAUUAAUGAUUAUGAGAUUACAAUUUAAGUCCAGUCUCAAACAAAACUGCUGAUGUUUCCAACAAAGUAACAGAAUGAAGUAACUUUAUUAGUCAAUGACUGAAAGCUUACAUACUUACAUUUAAUGUUUCUUCGUUUUAUAAUGAUUAUUUAAUAAA